GAAUAUGCAUCUCGGAUCAAAAGCCGGAUUACUAAAGAUUUUUGUUGCAUGAAGGAAUAAGAAAGGUAGGAGCAAAACAUACUGGUGUUUAUUGAGCAAGAACAAAAAGCAGUUCGACAGAAAAUUAAAGAGACUCUUCACCAAGUAUAUGAGUGCUUAGCAAUCACAGCCCAGAACAGGAAAGUAACAGUUUCCAUAGCAACUGAUUAUGAACCAUCAGCCAACACAUUCUGUGUCAGCCAAGUGAUGUGUUCCCAGAGCUUCUCCACUGGGUGCCACUACUGGGAAGCGGUUAGUGAUGGAUGGGCUGUUGGAGUUGCUCAUGAGAUGAUUGGUAAAAGGGACAAAUUAGGAAGAACAGAGCAUUCCUGGUGUGCAGAAUGGCUAGGUCCCAAUAAGCAGCUGUCAGCAUGGCAUAGGGAUCAAGAAACAUUAUUACACACGGAUAAGCCACUGAAGGUUGGAGUUUUCCUGGAGCUACAAAAGAAGACUCUGUCAUUUUAGUCCAUCACUGACAGAGAAAUGCUUUUGUAUACAUUUGCAAUCAAUACUUCAAAUCCUCUUUACCCUGCUUUCUGGCUACACAGUCUAGAAAGAAGUGGAUCUCUAAGUCACACAAACAGGAG